AUGCCACCAUUUGGCGGCGAUGCACGCCGGAAUGCCCAAGCAAGGCCAUCUGUUCUUUCUGAUGUGUCUAAAGCUCGGGCAACCCGUGCUAAAACCCCAAGUGACGACCUGAAAAGGUAUCUCGCGCUCUCUCGGCACAACCUCACCGCCACCCGUGGACACCAACACCCAAUCCCCAUUACCUCCAGACAGGCCCUACGAACCCUACGAAACCGCAGCCUUGACUACGAACGGGUCUACCAACGGCAAAUCGGCGACGGUCGUCCAGACGAGUACUGGAUUGCGUGCGGCGCUCGCAACUGCUACCGAUGCACCUUCUACGACAGGUUGAUCAUGUACAAUCUCAAGCCGUACGCUGACUGGCGGGAAGAAAUCUUCAUCAGCUUGAUGUUGAAAGUCCUCCGCAAAGCGGGAGGAAAUGGUGCAAGGGGGAAGGCCGUGAGCUGGGAUGAUGUCAAGUCCUUCGUCCAAUCACCGCCGAUCCGGGGUGCCUUCUGGGACUUCCACAAGAUGUGUGGGGUAUCAGUGGAGGAGGUCUCGCCGGAAGCCAUGACAGCCAAGCUGGCCGGCAUGAUGCCGGCGGUGGUGCGCAUAGUCCAGGCGCCCGUGAUUGGGGAUGUGAAAGUGGACAGAGUCACCAAAGCCGUCAAGAAGGAUAGGUACGCUCCAGGAUGGUAUCUAGGGGAUUUGGCAUACCUUAGGAGCGGGGGCAGACAGUGGGGGGCAAGAGAGAAGAAGACGACGCCGACUGACGAGGCCGAGACGUGGGAUGUGCACAAGUGCUUCUCGCAUCCCUAUGCGGGGAGGCCCAAGACGUGGGUUCUGGAGGAUUAUCUGUUACAGUUCUGCGUCCUCGCCGAGUCCUGGCGGCGGUAUGGGUUGCAGAGAGGGUGUAGAUGGGGGUUCGGUGGCGCUGUGAGGGCUGCCGAUCUGAUUUGCGCGGUGCUUCUCAACUGGUGGUGCAUGACGCAGUUCGACGUCUUCAAGAGGCAGAGGCAUAGCCGGCUGUCAAUGAAUCUGGUCUGGGAGGAGUGGAUGGCACGCUACCCUCGCUUCCUGCAGGGCAAUGAUGGGAUGGAGGAGCAGGGUAGCAGAAGCUCAGAGAAGGUGUUGCAGGGAGUUGGUCGGGCCGUGAUGCUGGGCUUCUCGGACACACCCCAAAAUUAUGUACGGAGGCCGGCUCAUGUGGUUGUGGUUUCGCCACGAGAUCCGACACGCAUUUCGUGGAAGAAGCUGGCACGCGCCCGUCAAUCUAAGAAACCGGCACGCAAUCGUUCAUUUAUUAUGUAG